CCUUCCCCCGGGUCCAUGGGGGCUCCCAUUGGUAGGCGUGCUGCCUUUCCUUGGAAAAGACCCUCAGCUUACCCUGAUGGAGUGGGCCAAGAUCUACGGUAACAUAUUCACUGUGAAGAUGGGGAUCACCACAGCGAUUAUAUUGAACGGUUAUGAAGCUAUCCGAGAUGUGUUUCAGAGAAAGGGAGCCCUGUCUUCUGGCAGACCGUAUAUUCCGACUCUAGAUUUUCUCCAUGGGAAAGGGUUAGUAUGUGCUGAUUACAGCAUGAAACAAAGAGCUUACCGGGAAUUUACCCUGAAGUAUCUGGCAAAAGCUGACAUUGAGAAACAAACUGAAAAUGAGAUUGACGCUCUGCUGCAGUACAUCCGAAAUACAAACGGCGAACCGUUCGAUUUCAACAGCACCAUCAGCUCUACGGGAUCAAACGUCAUAGGGAGUAUUUUAUUUGGAGGCAGACAGGACUACGACGACCCGAAUUUCAUAAAUUUGGUCGGCUCCUAUCGCCAUGCAGCCGAACUCAGUGCCCAAGCUUCAAUUCAAAACUUUCUCCCUUUCCUUUCAUUUUUGCCUCAGUGUAGCGAAGGCAAGGUGGCGUGGAACACGUUUGCAAGCCACGUCAAAAGGUUGCUAGACCAGCACAAAUUGGGGUACGAUGCACGCGCCACGAGAGGUCUUGUCGACGCUUUUCUGCACCAAUUUAAAGAGGGUGACUCUGAUCAAAAGUGGCUGUAUACGGACGAAGACUUGCUUGCUAACUGCCAGUCACUUUAUCUCGGGGGAUCAGAAACAACGUCGACGACACUAACUUGGGGAAUGCUGUGCCUUUUAUCUAACCCUGACGUGUAUGAAAAGAUCCAUGCAGAAUUGGAUGAAGUCGUAGGAAAGACACGACGCCCCAGUCUUGCCGACAGGCCGCAUCUCCCCUAUGUUAACGCUACGCUAAUGGAAAUACAACGCUGCAAUUAUAUUGCACCGUUCUCUCUACCACACAAGGCUACAAAGGACACCUUUAUUGGGGGAUAUGUCAUUCCCGAAGGAACAAGCAUUUUGGCGAAUUAUUGGUCUGUUUUUAUGAAUGAGGAUCUCUGGCCCAACCCACGAGAAUUUCAACCUUCGAGGUUUUUCGAUGAAUACGGCAUCUUAAAAAGAGUCGAGACGUUUAUCCCAUUUUCCAUAGGUAAACUUUUAUAACUUUAAACACAUAUCAGAAAACAUAUUAAAACACCCUUUGUGACGUAGUUUAUUUAAUCACUGCGGAAAAUCAAACCGUUUUCUACUCGUGUCCUUUAUUAUUUCAAUAACAUCUGCGUUUCAUAGUUAAGUAUCAAGGUACAUACUUUUUUGUAUUUAAUGUAAGUAUGGCUAAGAUACAUGAUGCUGUCAGCUUAAGUUUAAAAACUUUUCAAAAUCAUUUCAUAUCAUUUUCAAAUAUUUUAACUACGCGAGCAACACGUGUACUGGUAUGGAUGGUCAUCAAUACAGCAAUGAUACUUCUUUGUUUUUUUUUUUUUAGGAAAACGCUCCUGCCCUGGAGAAAUUUUGGCUCGCCAUGAGAUGUUUCUGGUGUUAACUGCCCUAGU